UGAAGAAGCUUUGCUUGUAUGAAAGUGUCGCGCGUGUGUGUGUGCUCUGUAUUCGUCUUUUCAGUCAUCAUGUCUUGCACACAAACACGCUCACACACACUGCCAUUAGAUUUUGUCGUGCUAGCUGUCGACUUGAAAAGUGAAGGAAAAGUUCAAACACGGCUUCACUCCGCUCCUCCUCCUAGUUUGAAGCAACGCUUCGCCUUCUAACUUGCUAACAGUGAACGGAGUUAGCCUAAAUGCUGCUGCAGCCCUGAGCUAAUGUUUAAACACUCUGCCAACACAUCACUGCUUGUCGUGGGGGCUCUGCGCCUGUUUAAACUGCAAAAACUCUUUGUCAUUUAGCAGCCGAUGCAAUAUAUUCCAGCUAAAAGACAAAGUGCUCUGGAAUGGCACUAUGCCCGCAGCUACUGUGGAUCACAGCCAAAGAAUAUGUGAGGUUUGGGCCAACAACCUGGAGGAGGAGCUGAAGAGAAUCCGACAAGUCAUCCGAAAAUACAACUACAUCGCCAUGGACACGGAGUUUCCAGGUGUUGUGGCGAGACCAAUCGGCGAGUUCAGAAGCAAUGCAGACUAUCAGUACCAGCUGCUGCGCUGCAACGUGGACCUGCUGAAGAUUAUACAGCUGGGCCUCACCUUCAUGAACGAGCAAGGGGAGUAUCCACCUGGAACGUCGACGUGGCAGUUCAACUUCAAGUUCAACCUCACAGAAGAUAUGUACGCUCAGGACUCCAUCGAGCUUCUGACCACUUCAGGGAUUCAGUUCAAGAAGCACGAGGACGAAGGCAUCGAGACGCUGUACUUCGCAGAGCUGCUGAUGACUUCUGGAGUGGUGCUAUGCGACGGAGUCAAGUGGCUGUCGUUUCACAGUGGCUACGACUUUGGGUACCUGAUCAAGAUUCUGUCCAACGCCAACCUACCUGAGGAGGAGGUGGACUUCUUUGAGAUUCUCCGCUUGUACUUCCCAGUUAUUUAUGAUGUGAAGUACCUGAUGAAGAGCUGUAAAAACCUGAAGGGCGGACUGCAGGAAGUAGCUGAGCAACUGGAACUGGAGAGGAUUGGACCACAGCACCAGGCCGGCUCAGACUCUUUACUCACAGGCAUGGCGUUCUUCAAAAUGAGAGAGAUGUUCUUCGAGGAUCACAUCGAUGAUGCGAAAUACUGCGGUCAUUUGUACGGGCUCGGCUCGGGCUCCGCCUAUGUUCAGAACGGGACGGGAAACGCCUACGAGGACGAGGCUAGCAAGCAGCAGUCGUGACAUCGCUCUGAAACUCUGCCAUCCUCCCACACACACACACAGAGUCGGCGCGGUGCCGAGGCAAGGCUGGACGUCGACAACGAUCAGAGGAACAACAUUCAUAUGCAUCAUUUAGCAAGCUGUUCUCAUAGGCUCUACUCACCUUUAACAUGUGAACGUUACGGUGAAACGACUCACAGCUGUCCUCAUCCGUGCCGCAGCUGCAUGUUUGUGAGUUUAGUCUUUUAUUCCUGCGGGGCGGCACAGACAGCGUGGUCGGUUCAGCUAACAUGUUGGGGAUAGAUGGGGUUUUAGUUUUCCUGAAGUGUUCUGUGGACAUGUUUUGCACUUUAAAGUUGAUUUUAUAUGGAAAGCUGGACACGUUUCUGAUGUGUGUAUGUAUGUGUGUGUUUCUCCUGUUUGUUGCCUUUUGUGUUCCAGUUUUACAUUUUGAAAGUCUUUCAGCUCUCACCACGCUCAGCCUUAACGUUACCCGCAUUCUUCCCUUUUAAACUUUUAAUUUAUUGAGUAGUUGGACACUAAAAUGUCCUGAUUUCCUGGUGACUAACGGAGCUCACCGAGUGUGUUUACCUGCACUUGAAUCUUUUUUUUUUGUUUGUUUGUUAUUGUUGUUCAUAUGAAGAGAUUGUUGCUCUGAUUUCACUGUGAAACUUCAGACUUGUACAGCUUUCUUUAGAAUAAGAUGUUAAAAACAAAAUGAACAGCAGUUUUUAUUACUGUUUUGUUUUCGUCUUAAUUCUUGGACAACAGAAAAUUCACAUGCCAGAAUAUUAGUAUGUAUAAAGAUGCAUACAGACAGUUUUCAUUAGAGGAAUGUGUGUUAUUUGUGUGUGUGUAAACACUCUCACUUAAUCAGCUCUAUAGAACUAACUGAUGCAACAAAACCUUUAAAAAAAACUUUACGGUGAAUAAAGAGUUUUCAGCUGUAGGACACUUUAAACUACUCUGUUCAGAGUAAAUUUUUAUUUUGUUUUAGUUUAAUUAAAAUAAAUAAAAUGUACCUCUUGGAACUAUAAACCACAUUUCAUUUCACUUUAGACACUUUUUUCCCCCUCGCCGUACACUCACGCUGCGUCAACAAGCUGCAUGUCCUAAAUAUUUGAAUAAAUGCUGUUUGUGAAGUCCUGAUCUCAGAUAGGUGUGUUGGAGUGUAGGGUGUGUAUUAACCUGUUGUCUGCAUAACAAAACUGACAUGUUUUCUCUCUGCAGUUCGUCUGCCACACUGUAAAAGAAAAGAUAUGCAAUCUACAAAAAGAAUGUUUUUAGAUUUUUUUUUCCUUUUUGUAAAUAAAGGCUUGAGAUUUUUCUACUGUUCCAAUG